GUGAAAAGGAAGUGAUAAGUGGGCGUGGCCCCGCGGCCACAUUUAUAGAAGAAAUAAAUUUUUUACGAUCUUAUUUGAAGGAAAAAAUUUGAAGCUGAAAGUUAGAUAACCCGGAGUAGACCAGACUCAAACCAAGUUAGGUAACUCAACGUUUCGCAGAAGAUUAAGCUAAAAAUGGCGUUUACCAAAUCUCUAGCGCAGGUUUGUGUCUUGUUAGCCGCUGUCUGCAGCCUAGCCACAUCACAACAAGCAACUGAUCCUUCCAUGUUUAACAGUCUACUGCAGUCGACGCCUAACACAGGAACUCCAGGGGGCAUGGACUUGAGCUCGAUGAUGGCGGGGGGCCAGCCCGGGGCAUCAAACUUCGGCACACCAGGCUUCCCUGGGAUGCCGGCAGGCAUGCCCUUGAACUUCCCCAUGCCAGCGGCACCACCCACCCGCCCUGCAAGCCCUAUGCAAGGUCUUUUACCUUUAGCACUUAUGCGUGGAGGCAGUGAUAUGGCCCAGCUAUUAGGAAUGAUGAUGAUGAUGGGCGGCGGCGGCAUGGGGGGUGCCGGGGGCGCCGGGGCUGGGGCUGGUCUCAUGGGGAACCCAUUAAUGAUGAUGGGUCUGCUUAAUAACAUGUAAUAAACUAUUCUUUUAAAUUUGUA